AAUAAUUCAUUUUCCCUUGGCGUUUCAGAAAGUCAUUUGUAAAGCUUUGCGCGAGCAAAGCGCAGCGCCGCGUAAGUAGCCACCAGAGCCGUCAACAUCGAUCUCUAUUACGACUUCGGAAUUAAGCCCGACGAGAUAACGUCGAAGCGUUGUGUACUUCGAUAUACAUAUUCACGGCGAAUUUCUCUAGGUUGCGCUAAUAUCGGAUAAUCGGUUAACGUCCAUCUCGCUGACGAGUUGACGCGCGCGUCUCCUGUUCUUGCCACUCAAAACCGCGCUGCGCAUGUAUAAAUGUCGAACACGCACACGAGCAUUGCUCUAAUAAAACAUUAGUAUUAUAGAAGAAUAUUUGAAUCGUCGAUCUCUCUCUCUCUCUCUUUUUCUCUCUGGAACAUUCAAACGCCGAACGCCGCGUUAAUGAUUUUUUCGCGGUAUAGAAUUUCGUCAAUAUGUGCGUUGGAAAAACGACAGAGGAAGAGAAUGGACGAAAGAGAUAUUUGGAUAUUCACGAUCACCGUGCGCCGAGUAAACGAGAACAAUGUCUAAUAAAAUUCAAACAUUCGAAUAAAUGAUGCAAAUCUCUUCCUGGCAAAAGAAUACAUUUUUUUUAAACGUACCUCUUAAUAUUGUUAUAAAACACACACACACAUAUACAAGGAUUAUUAUGCAACCGGAAUGGGAUAUUUUUGCUCGUCUGGAUACCCGAGAAACAAUUUCACAUUAUGCCUCCGCGUUUCCAAAUUCAACGUGCUGUACGUAGCAAUAAGGGUUUGGGGUGGCGCGUAGAGCCAGGACGAGACGAGGGGGUUGCACGAGAUGGCUAUAAGAGGGAUGUCGUGGGUCGCGACGCCGUCAGAACACCUGCCGCGCUUGGUUCGUGCUCACAUUUGAUUUGCGAUCCAGAGUAAAAGAGCCAGAGGAUUCAGUUCUCGUGGUUUGCGUGUGGUCUGCAAACUUACUUCACGUCGCGUUUGUGAGAUGUUCUGCAAGUCGAUCUUCAGGUCGAUCCUCCUGGUCAUCAUCGGCAACGCGAUGUGUUACAUCGCGAGAGCAACGAUCAGCAACGAUCACCGUCACCAACAGGUGUCGAACAAAGCUGCCAAUAUCUUGGCUUACGAGAUAGGAGCGAAGGCUUCGUUUAAUCCGUCUCGUGAAAAUUAUCGGCCAGUCACAGACUGUAUGUUCGUUACCUCGGACAGCGGACCGUUCUCUUACGUGUCUCAGUCCGACAACGACGAGGUUUGCGGCAUUUACUUUUUAACCGAUCCGGAUCGCGUUGUAGAAUUAUAUUUCCAGAGCUACGACGUUCCCUGCGAACGUCACGGACUUUUGGCGGUGAUCGACGGCUGGGAGUUGAACGGCGAGGUAUUUCCGAGCGAGGCCGAUCAUAUGUUACCCGUAAAGGAGAGGGUGAACGAGUUCUGCGGCAAAAACGGAUGGCGCAGGAAAACUUUCUCGAGUUCGCAAAACGUCGCGCUACUCCAGUACAAAAUACCUUCGUCCGAAAAAGGCUUCGUUGUGUUUGCGAAAUAUCCGAAGAAUCCGAGACCCUGCAAUAUCCUGUCGGUCAGCACGACGGAUCCGUUCACGAUUCGCAAUUACGGCAGACGGAUUAAUUGCACCCUCAUAGCGGUAUAUCCCGGUGUCGUGCGGGUUAUCGCGCUCGGAGUCGGCGGCGUCUCGCAGAGCGUCGCCCGCACCACCACCGAAACCGGCACUUUGCGCAAAUGCGGAACGAGGAGUCCGCGCGAUUUGGUGCAGAUCGGAGGCAGCCGCGGGCUCGACACGACGAAGCUCGACGUGAUCGACACCAUUUGCGGCAUCGACUCCAAACCAGAUAUAAGAGAACUUGUGGCGUACGACGUGACGUCGGUGCGGCUGAUAUCCAGCGGCGAUUACGAUAACUCGGUGACGGUGGCGAUAAGUCAAAUCGUGAACGACGAUCUGUUACUCGACUCCGCUUCCGGAUUUUGAAACGAUCGCCUCGACAACAACAAUCCUUCCUCUCCUCCUCUUUCAUUACACCUGUCGCACGUAAUAUAUGCUGUGCACACAUUUUGUUUUUUUAACUUUUAUCUUUGAAACAAUCUAAGCGAUCGCAACGCGUCAACAUGAUAUAAAUAUAUUGUAUAAAAUGUGCAUUCUCUUAUUAUAAACAUAAUUUAACUUGUAUGUAGAUUACAUGUAUAUGUAUAUGUAUAUUGCGUAUACAUUAGAUUGUAACAAAAACUUAUUAUUACACGUGUAGGUGAAAAAUGUGACGUACACUGAUUUAUGAUACGCAGAUGAUAAAAAAAAAAAAAAACACAUUCCUUUUUUUUUUCUCGACGACGUUAUUUGAAUAAAUAACACGAGCCAAUUCUUUGAAAACCGCACAAUGAAUAUAUUUAUUAUUAAUCUUACUUCUCUGGACUUGUGUUUUAAAAAGUUUUAAAAAUAAAAAAUAAUAGUCUUCUAUGUCAAUAGAUAUUAUAUGAUAGAU